AUGAAGCAACCUCCUAAGAUGAGUUAGGCAAGCAGUCCAAACAACAAACUCAUCCAUACUCUAUUACUGAAACAAAAGAGUCCUUCAUAGUAUGCAAUUCAGAGUCCAGCAGUCUCUCCUACUCAAGUGAGUUUGCCGAAAGGUCUGUAUCAAAGCAAGAACACAUCAAUUGAUUUGACCAAAUUGGCCACUCUGAUGAAACAAUAGAAAGUAAAGUAACCGUCCGACGGACAGAAAGACUCAAUGAACUAGUUGAUAGCAAAGGCUCGUGCAAUUGCAAUUUCUGCAAAGACACCAACAGGCCCAAUUCAUAUUCGUAAUGAUUCGACGCAGGUUCGGAAGGAGAACAAGGAGCCAGAGGUGGUGAGUCCAAAGGUUGCGGAUACGAAAUAGAUGGGGAAGGCAGCAUUUACAUUUGAAUAUGUAAUAGGAAUUGGAGGAUUUGGGAAGGUAUGGAAGGUGAAGAGAGUGGGAUAGCAAUAUGCUAUGAAGGAGAUGUCUAAGGCUUUGGUGAUAACAAAGAAGAGUGUGAAUUCAGUGAUGAACGAGCGUAUGCUGCUCAGUCAACUGAAGCACACAUUCUUGAUCAAUAUGUACUAUGCAUUUCAAGAUCGAGAGAACCUGUACCUGGUGAUGGACUACAUGUGUGGAGGGGACUUGCGAUUUCACAUUGGACGAAUGCGACGAUUCAAUGAGGAACAGACUAAGUUUUUUGUGGCCUCUAUUUUUAUUGGUCUUGAGUACCUACAUACAAACAACAUCAUACACAGAGACAUCAAACCAGAAAACCUGGUGCUUGAUGAAAAGGGCUUUGUGCACAUUACCGAUUUAGGUAUUGCUCGUGUUAUGAAGCCUGAAAACUCUAGCGAUACGAGUGGCACUCCUGGUUAUAUGGCUCCUGAGGUGAUGUGUAGAUAGAACCACACUUUUGCAGUUGAUUACUAUGCUUUGGGUGUUAUUGCUUAUGAGUUUAUGUUGGGCAGACGACCCUACGUUGGUCGAUCUAGACAGGAGAUCCGUGAUCAAAUACUAGCCAGAUAGGUGUAAAUAAGAGCAAGUGAAGUACCUCCCAAUUGGAGUGCCGAGGCAGUUGAUUUUGUGAAUCGUUUAUUACAACGUAAACCCAAUAGUCGACUUGGAUAUAAUGGAGGACAUGAAAUCAAAUUGCAUCCUUGGUUCAAGAGUUUCCCAUGGUCAAAAUUAUAAAACAGAGAAUUCACUGCUCCAUUCAUUCCAAAUCCGAGUGAUGAUAAUUUUGAUCAACGUCAAAUAGUGAUCGAGGAUGAAGAGAAUGCUGAAUUGAUCAGUUAGAAUAUGCAAUUGUUAAGAGAUCCAAAUGUUCAGCAACAGUUUGUUGGCUACGAAUAUCAAGCGCAUAAUAAUGAGAGGGUCUUCCUAUCACUCACAUUAUUUACACUUCUAAUAUCUAUUUAUUGUGCCGUGCAUAGAGAAUAUUACGAUAUCUUGGGAGUCUCCCCAAAUGCUUCAGUCUAAGACAUCAAAAAGGCCUAUCGUAAACUAUCCCAGCAAUACCAUCCCGAUAGAAAUCAAGGGGAUCCAGAUGCAAAUGAAAAAUUCUCGAAAAUCAACGUGGCCUAUGAGGUGCUAUAAGACCCGGAGUAGAGGAAAAAGUAUGAUAAGGGAGGAGUUGACGGUCUCAAUAAUCAAGGAAUGUAGCAUCAUGAUCCAUUUGACAUAUUCGGAUCAUUUUUUGGAAGAGAAUAGUAGGGAGAACGAAAGGGCCCAGAAUUGAAGGUUAAGGUUAGAGUCACAUUGGAGGAUAUUUACAAUGGCAAAGAGAUUCCAGUUUAUUUGACUAAAUAAAUAUUAUGUCCACAUUGUAGAGGAUCUGGUGCUGAUGACCCAGAUCUAGUAGAAACAUGUCCUACUUGUAAAGGUGUUGGAAGUGUAUAGAAAAGACAAUAAGUGGGUUUUGGAUUCUUUUAAACAUUCCAAGCCACGUGUGAAAGAUGUUAUGGAACAGGAAAGAUCAUCAAAAAAAAGUGCCAUCUUUGUAAAGGUGAUAAGAUCAUUCCUGGUGCUGAUAACAUCAGUUUGUAUAUAGAAAAAGGAAUCUAGGACAAACAAACUAUUAAAUAUGAGAAUAUGGCUGAUGAACGUAAUGAUUCUGGCACUUCAGAUCUCAUCUUUUAAAUUGAACAAAUACCACAUGCAUUCUUUUAGAGACAAGGAACUGAUUUAAGAUGCAAGGUGGAGAUUACUUUGAAGGAAGCCUUACUUGGAUUCAAGAAGAAGAUCAAACAUCUUGAUAAUCAUUUUGUGAGAAUUGAUAAGGAAGGCAUUACAAAGCCUGGAGAAGUGCAAAUCAUAAAAGGAGAAGGAAUGCCAUAACACGAGUUUUCAUCUCAACACGGAGAUUUAUAUGUAGAAUACAAAGUGGUAAUUCCAGAUUUCAAUGGAGAAUAACUUAGAUGUAAAUAUAAUUUAUUAUCACUUAGAAUGGUAAAAAUUCUUUUAAUGAAUAUAAUAUAAAUGUAUAAUUUAUAUGUUUUUGUUUAUUUAUGUGCUUCAUAAUAAGGGAUUAUGCCUAUUAUUUAUUAUAAUAUUAAUAAAUUAAUGUAUUCAAGUUAUCAGAUAGUGAUUGAAAGCGAACCUGAAUGUGUGAAUUUGUAGGACAUACCCAUACUGUAUGUGAAUUCAAUAGCAUUGUAAUUUAAGGAUGAAUAGAUGACGGAGUUUAAAGUCAUCGAAUUUGCAUUGAUAAUACUCUCAAUGUUGAUUAGUAUGAUUUGUGGUGCACGUUACUUGAUGUGA